AUGGUCCUUGGGCGUUUAGGAUCAAUAGGUCCUGGGUUCAGUCGGGGAGGUAUGGGCGACAACAAUGGCAGCAAAGAAGGGGCUGUAGCAAGCGGGUGUAUGGACGACUCUUAUUUCACAACCAUCGAUGUAGACGAUGCAGGAGAUGAAGAUGAUCCAUAUUUCGACGUUUCUGGGGGAAGUGCAGUGCCUGGAGAUCAAUCACCAAUAACCUCACUUUCACCCCCAUCCAAUUCUAACUUCCUUCAGCCAUCUCUUCCCAUGUUGGCGGAUGCUGGGUACUCAAAGCUAGGGGAGGAGAACACGGCGCCGCCGAAUGGCGGGGGACCUAGGAGCAGCUCGCCUGUACUUCAAGAAGAUGAA